AUGGAGAUGGAGGCUCCUCCCCAACACGACGUCCACGACGAUACCCUCGGUGGCAUCGAGGGCUCCCCCCACAUCGCCUCGAGCAACGGCUUUCGCCAUCAGCAGAGCCAAUCUCUAGACCAAGGUCUCACCAACAGCCCCAGGCAAGAAGAAGACCCCAACGCCAGAUACACCCCUCCCGUCCAGGCCGCUCCCUCAAUCUCAAGACCUGCCAGCGGUCUCUCAAACUCGGCCCACCAGAACUACAACGACUACAGGCAAGCCGCGAGCGCAGGGGCUGAGUCCUCCAACGGCCGAAACCAUGUCGUCAUCAAGGUUGGAAUGGUUGGUGAUGCCCAGAUUGGCAAGACCUCCCUAAUGGUCAAGUACGUCGAGGGUAGUUGGGACGAAGACUACAUCCAGACCCUUGGCGUCAACUUUAUGGAAAAGACCAUCUCCAUCCGCAACACUGAAAUCACCUUUUCCAUCUGGGAUCUCGGUGGCCAACGCGAAUUCGUCAACAUGCUCCCCCUCGUCUGUAACGAUGCCGUCGCUAUCCUGUUCAUGUUCGACUUGACGCGCAAGAGCACAUUGAAUAGCAUCAAGGAGUGGUACCGUCAAGGCAGGGGCUUCAACAAGACUGCCAUUCCUAUCCUGGUUGGUACAAAGUAUGACCACUUUGUCAACUUCCCGCCCCAGGACCAGGAAGAGAUUUCCAACCAGGCGAGGCGGUUUGCCAAAGCUAUGAGGGCGGCCUUGAUCUUCUCAAGUACCAGCCAUAGUAUCAACGUACAAAAGAUCUUCAAGAUCGUCCUCUCAAAGGCAUUUGACCUCAAGUGCACAAUUCCCGAGAUCGAAAACGUCGGAGAGCCCCUGUUGCUCUAUCAGUCUGUGUGA